GCGAGGAAAUGGUUAUUAUUAUAUAAGCGGAGUAUGCAGGAACAAAUGCAUAAGUGACCUAGGCAUUUCAUUCAAGCAGCCUCCAUGAACAACUUGAAUGACCCCCCUAGAUGGAACAUCCAGCCAGACCAGGGAGGGGGGGAUGCAGGGCCCGGUGGGGGCAACCAGUGGAACUACGCCCUGCUGGUCCCCAUGCUGGGACUGGCUGCGUUUCGCUGGAUAUGGACCAGGGACUCUCAGAAUGAGAUCCAGAAGGUCAAAGUCCAGUACGACAAAGACGUUUCCGUGAUAAAAAGCGAGAUGGAGGCUCGCUACCGGGACACGCUGACAGAGAGCCGCAGGGCAGUGGCUACGCUGGAGCUGGAGCUGGAGAAGGAGCAACAGAGGGUGAAAGGAUACCAGAAGGCUCUGGUCUCUCACAGCCAGCAUCUAAUCCAGGAACGGAAACAGCUGGAACAGGAGCGACAGGCGCUAAACGACGAGAAACAAAAGCUCGUCAAAUCAGGCGCCGCUGGUGCUGCGCUGCGUGACGCCUUGGAACGGGAGGCAGAGUGGCACCAGCGAGCCACAGCCACUCUGAGGGAGCUGGAGGGCCUGCUCAUCGAGCGUCAGAACGCCUACUGCUCUCUCAUCCUGCCCCGGGAUCAGCGACUGGAGAUGGAGAGGAACAUGCUGCUGAAGAUGGUCAAAAACCCCGUCGCCGCGGAGCUUGAUCUGGAGUCUGACUUGAAGGAUAUCUUCAAGAGAGACAAGCACUGUGCGGAUCUGAUGAACAUGGACAAGAGGAAGAACGGAAGCCUCAUGUGGGUUUACUUGAAGUACUGGCAGCUGCAGAUCACUCUGCAGAAACACAAAAGAGCAGAAGAAGCCAUAUUCGACGGGAGAAUCCCAGGUCAAGGAAAGUGAUCUCCAUAAGCUGCUUUUGUUACUGUUUUUGGCUUUGAGUAAUGUUAAGUUAAUGUGGGACAGGGAUCAUCUGAUGGGAAUGUUAUGCAAAUACCUAAAAGGUAAUCUUAUGCGGAUGUUUUUGUCCAUGUCAUUCAUGAUCUCUGAGUUAUGGGAACAUGAUGAAAGUAGGUCUAAUUUCUGAGGCCUCAUUUAAGACUUGGCAGCUUUAAUUUAACCACGGGGUAAGUUAAAAUGCACUUAGAUACAUCAGGUGGAGUCCGACAGCACUUUAAAUCGAAGACAUUGAGAUGUGAACUUAAUUUUUAUUUCCCUUUUAUCUCAUUUAGAAAUUCGGAUUAACACUCACAUCUGAUUUAAUUUAUAGGAAUGAAGUAAAACACAUAACGUUAUGUUGAUAGAACAUAAUUUUCUUCAUAUUUUAAGUUCUGGGUGGAGGCAACAUUGGGACACAGUUUCAACGUAUCACCGUUUCCUCAGUUUUUAAUCAUUUAUAGUAUUUUCCAUUGGAAUUGAAAUACUUUUAGGUCUGACAUGUUUGAUUUGUGAGAUAUCUUGGUGACAGCACUUUAUUGAAGCUGCAUGUGUAAGUAAAAUAAAACUUCAAUAAAAACAAGAAUGCUCAGAUGGUUCUGCACUGUAAUGCUCAUGUAAAAUGAAUUCACAUGUAUAGCCUUUUUAUUGGGAAACCAGGCUUUACGCUUUUCUUGUUUGUUUGUUUUUUUUUAAACUUUGUUCAAGUGAUGGAUUUUAUUCCGUGAGCACACAUAUAUUGAUAACAACCACUAUGUGCAAUCUGAAUAUAUUUUUUUUCAAGAACUGAA